CAAGUUCCAUCAUGUGUCGACGGCAUAAAGCGGCCAAAGUUCUAUUUUUAAUCAGCAACCCCUUGAAAGCAGCGUGGAGCGGCAGCGCAUGCGCAGUCACACGCGGAGCGAGCAGACAGUAGCCGAGCCGAAACGAGCGGCGAGAAGAGCAGAGGGCGGCCGGAAAGCAACCAGGGCACUCAGGCAGGAAGGCACAGCGCACCGCGGAGGCUUUCACGGUACCACGACGACAACGGACAGAAACCGGAACGCAGUCGGGGAUGGCAGUGAAUGUGUACGCCACGUCUGUCUCCAUUGACAACCUGAGCCGCCAUGACAUGCUGGCGUGGGUCAACGAUUCCUUGCAGCUCACCUACACCAAAAUCGAACAGCUCUGCUCAGGGGCGGCGUACUGCCAGUUCAUGGACAUGUUGUUCCCGGGCUGCAUCCUGCUCAAGAAGGUCAAGUUUCAAGCCAAACUGGAGCACGAAUUUAUACACAACUUCAAAGUUCUCCAAGCGGCCUUCAAACGGAUGAGCGUCGACAAGAUUAUUCCGGUGGAAAAGCUGGUCAAGGGCAAGUUUCAGGACAACUUUGAGUUUGUGCAGUGGUUCAAGAAGUUCUUUGACGCCAACUACGACGGCAAGGAAUACGACCCGAUGCUGGCCAGACAGGGGCAGGAUGUGGCCCCCGCCCUCAACCCAGGUGAUCACUUUAGCCACAAAGCAAAGAGAACUCCAGGACCGCAGCGGACGUCUCCGACGGUGCCCAAAAACAUGCCGACGCCGCAGAGGGUCCAACACACCACCCCGGCCUUGAGGAAGAACCCCACCCUGUCUCGGAACGGCGGCAGCGACGCGGAGAUCACGGAGCUCAAUCAGCAGCUGAUGGAGUUGAAGUUGACAGUGGACGGCCUUGAGAAGGAGAGAGACUUUUAUUUCAGUAAACUACGAGACAUCGAGCUCAUCUGCCAGGAGCACGAAAGCGAGAGCAACCCGGUGCUCAGCAGGAUAAUCGACAUCCUUUACGCCACAGAGGAGGGCUUUGCGCCUCCGGAAGAUGAAGAACUUGACGAACAAGCCCACCUGAACCAGGAUGAAUACUGAACCUGCUGCCCUGCCCCGCUCCGCCCCUCCCCCUUCCUUUAUCUGAUUGAUUUUUAACUCUUUGUGCACGCGCUUCCCUACUAAACUCGGUUGCCACCUCACGGAAUGGUCGUUCCCCGUCUUCGUCACACGUUAUUUUUUUCUUCGCCGUCACACAGCUAUGCUGUUCGCCGACGGCGCCGUGUGACUUUGUCGCUGUUCGCUCAGACGAGGGCUCUGUAAAUAAUGACCGCAUUUUGGGUUUUUGCUCGGUGGGGACUUAUUUAUUUUGCCUCUGGUGUGCGGCCUCGCAGCACUUUUUCAAUGACAACAAAACUCAAAAGUUAAUUUUGGGUAGCAGUUUCUUAUUUAUUUAACUUAUCAUAUUUUUUAUCAAUCUCCUGUAGCAGAAAUCUACUGUAAGAGAAAACUUGAGGCCAAGAUUUUGGGUUUUCGCUCGAGUUGGUUUGUAGUGUGUAGAGGGGGGGGGGGUAUUUGAAGGAUGUGAUUGAGGCGCCUUGAUUGAUUACUCCGAUUGAGCAGCCACAUAUCUGAGCAUGAGAAUGUUAUACAUUGACUGUGAAUGAGUGAUAUUUUGUAAAACGUGUUUUAUGUGGAGAUUCUUGUCUGAUGUCACGCUGGCAAAUGCAACACAAUUUUUUUUGCAGCCGGUCAUCAAAAGCACGGCCAAUCAGAGGCGGCAAAAAUGACUAUCGAGGUGUCGACCACCCAGCACAAACAGUGACGGCAAAACAGUCGAGUCGGGGUCGUUUUGGCAGUAUUCAGACUGCCUACGUUUUGUCUCAUUUGUUGGUCGCCCUCUUUUUUGGGGAGGGGGAAACAUCGUCAACCUUCUUGAGCAUUUCCGCACAAAUUUUAACACCUUAUUUAAAAAGGUACCUUUUUUCUGAGGGGGGGGGGGCAGAAUCUUGCCGAACAAUACGAAACAAGUCGUCUGGCUGCCUCCUGUUUGCUAUUUUUUUCAGAAUCGCUUCAAAAGUGACAUUCAUCCGCUGCAUAAACAUGGACGGAACGCUCAUCAUUUUUGAGUUUUCAAUAAAACAAUCCGUUGUGAAAUUAA